AUGUUGGCUACUGGUACAAUUAACACAAUUGCCAAAAAGGUUCAGUUUGAUUGCAGGUAUAACUCGCACUCUUUGACCUGAAAAUAUUUAGCGCUCCAGGCUACUUCAACUACUCAGCUAAUGCCACUAAGACCGUGCACGUGUUCGACAAACCGUGGUUCCAAACGUAUCUGAUGUUCGUCGGUGAAAUUCUCUGUCUAUUUGGCUAUCUUAUUAUGAGGAAAAUGGUGAAGAAAAGAUUCACUACCAACGGCGCUUUCGAUGCCGAGGGUUGGCAGAACUCGCAAUUUUCGAAACCGUAA